AUGCAGCAGUCCAAGCUGCACCGCCUGUUGUUGCCAGGGCCUUUGUCGGCCUGGCCCUUCAAGGGGGCCUUUUCGGGCGGCCUUAGUGGCCUUGGUGAAAUCAGGCAGCUCUUGGCGCAAGAGCUGGGCAACGAGGAGGCCAAAGAGAUGCGUGAGCUGUUUCUUCAAAUCGAUUCGGAUGAGCGUGGCACCAUCCGGCUGGGCGACUUGAAGGCCGCCAUGGCCCGGCGACGUGCGCCGGGAAGCCCCAAAGGCAUGAUGGACAUGGUGGUGGGCCGCAGGCUGACAUCGCCCAACCUGAGCCCCACCAACCAGAUCCCGGAGGAACAGGUUGAACAGAUCUUCAGCAUGUUGGAUGCCAACGGCGACGAAGAAGUCCACUAUUCCGACUUCCUCGCUGCCACGGUGAACAUGCGCGGCCGCUGGAGGCGGGAGGCGCUUCGGAAGAUCUUCAACCGCAUUGACCGGGAUGCUUCGGGCACCAUCAGUGUCUCUGAGGUGCAGCGAGUGGUGGCAGAAACCGUGGAGGACGCCACCGCGGCGGAGGAGUUUCUGAAAGAGUCCAAAGUGACACUGAACAGCAAGGGGGAGAUCAGCUUCGAGGCCUUUGCGGACCUCUUCGAGCGGAAAGAUCUGUGCAUCACCGGGUCGUCGCCGGUCACCCGCAAGGACAUGCUGAAAGCUUGUGCUUGGGACGAGUCCCCUCACUCCUGGAGGAGGACCUUCGGAACCGCUUUAGAACCCACGGUCCGCUGCGGUCCAACGCAGAACGUUGAACUGGAUCUCGUUGGUUCCAACGCGGUCGAUGCUGCCAUGUGCGAUGCGGUCCAGCGGGACGCAGUUCGCGGGACGAGCGGAGCGGAGGCCACGAGGCUGGGCGCCACCGUCGCGCGGCCCAUGAUCAGCUUUGCAGCGCUGGGCCUGGCCCUCGUCCUUGCAGUUCUUUUGGCACCUCAACCAGUUUCCAGGCCCACGGACGUGCGCGCGGUUUGCGGCAUGCCAGAGGAGGAGUUUCAUCAGCUGGGCCUCCCCGAGGUGACCGCGGUGAAUUGGGGCCAAUGGCACGGGCCUUACGCGCUGCCCGCAGAGCGCAUGGCGAUCUGCGCCUCUGGCAAGGUCUUCGUGUGGCAGCGAGGUGGCCCCAUGCUGCAGCUCCCUAGUGUGCCUGAUCUUUUGCCAUCUUUGCUGAAACUCUGGCCGCGUGACCGGGGAUCACAGGAUGGCAACUUCCUUUGGAUACUGGACGAGGACUACAACCUGGUCAUCGCGCCCAUCAUGCAGCGCCGCAACGAGGGUGGCGCACUGCUGGAGGUGAAGCACGGAGAUUUAGCCCCGGGCCAGACCUUCUUCGGACGUGGUCCUCACCUCACCGGUCCCUACCGAGGCCUCGCACGCCUCGGCGGGGAGUUCAACCUCGCUGGUGCACGGGACGGUGCCGAAUGGAUCAUGCACGCCAAGUCGGGCUACACCGCCUACCGCGUGCCAGUGCGCGAGGCAGAGGACUAUUUUCAUGUACAGCACCAGGCGAGCCUCACCCAGGCUGGCCGCAAUGAGUCGGAGAUCGCCCAGAAUUUUCAGCGAUGUGUGUAUAGAGAGAUUUAUCGAGUUAGAGACGCUUUGUCUCGCAUGUUUUGCCUCUUGCGGCGCCAUGGGGUUCGUGUAGCUCUCGGCGAGUUCAGGCAAUGUGACAUUCGCUCCAGCGCGGCGGGAGGAUUUCCAGAUCUUCAAACUUGUACAGUGAAGGAUCCUGGAAAUGCCACAGCUUGCUCCUCUCCGUCGGCUGAGGAUGGCCCCACGACGCUUCAUGUGAUCGAUUGGUACGCGCCUGGCCAAGAUCGAUGCAAAUCGACGGUGGCAGACUAUGCCAGCAUGCUAAAGGCAGUCGAGCUGGAUUUGAUGCGCUUGUUUCAGGGCGAGCCACUCAACCCGGCAGAUGUACAGAAGCAGAUCCGGUCCUUGCGGAAACACAGCUGCCUUUUCUCCCGGGAAUUCACUGAUCAGCUGCACUGCAACGUGCAUGGCUGCUUCGGUGAUGGCUUCACCAGGAAAUUGAAGGCAGUGGAGUUGAUGUUGCCAAAAGAUCUCAAGGAGGCUCGAAGGCUGUGGGGCUUGGCCUUGGCGGCGUGGAGCUCCUGCGCGGCAGGUCAGGCGAUUUCUCCGGAGCAGACGUAGUGAAGCCGCGCGCGAAACCGGGCGCCUUGGGUGGCUUCUCGUAGUGACCAGGAGCUGGGUCAACUAUUUCUAUCCCAGAUGGAGUGUUUGGGUAUGAUUGUG